AUGGAUUUCAGCGCAACAGACGAUGUCGAGGAAGAUUUUCCUCAGAAGGCCCAGAAGGGCGGUGUUGCGCCCCGGUAUAUGGGAACAUUGGCUGAUCAGCGAGAUAUGAGUGCACUGGGAAGAGUUCAGGUUCUUCGUAGAAAUUUCCGAUUUAUCUCAAUUGUAGGGUUCGGAUGUACCCUGAUCUGUACAUGGGAGGUCAUUUUAACAUUACUAUCAUCUGGUUUGGCUGAUGGCGGCACAGCCGGCUUAAUUUGGGGAUUCAUUGGUGUUUCCAUCGGAUUUACUCUUGUAUAUGCUAGUAUAGCUGAGAUGGCUUCGAUGGCGCCAACUGCUGGCGGCCAAUAUCACUGGGUAUCAGAAUUUGCGCCACAGAAAGGUCAAAAGUUCCUCAGUUACAUAACUGGAUGGCUAUCUGCUAUGGGCUGGCAAUGUGCAAUUGUCUCCAUCGCAUACCUGGCUGGUACAAUCAUUCAAGGUCUGAUUGUUCUAAACAAACCAGACUAUGAUUUUCAAAGAUGGCAUGGAACAAUGCUGGUGAUUGCAAUUUCAACAUUCUCUAUAUUAUUUAACACUUUCUUAGCCAAGAACUUGCCGUUUGUCGAGGGAUUGAUUUUAAUCAUCCAUGUUAUUGGUUUAUUUGCCAUUAUUAUUCCCCUGUGGGUACUGGCACCGCGUAACAAUGCCUACGCUGUGUUUACUAGCUUCCAUAAUGGUGGCGGUUGGGAUAGCUCAGGGACAGCGACUCUGGUUGGACUCUCUACGACCAUCACAUCCAUGCUGGGCUAUGACUGCUCUGUCCACAUGUCGGAAGAAAUCAAAGAUGCAUCAGAGACGCUUCCUAAAGCCAUGAUGUCCUCUGUAGCAGUCAAUGGUGUCCUUGGAUUCAUCAUGUUGGUCACCUUAUGCUUCACACUAGGGGAAGUGGACAUGGUAUUGGACACUCCGACUCAUUUCCCAUUCAUUCAAAUUUUCUACAACACAACUCGCAGUCUCGCCGCCACCAACGCGAUGACAGCAGUUCUCGUAGUGACCUUGACCGCUAGUACGAUCACCGAGGUAGCAACAGCAUCCCGACAGCUCUGGUCAUUUGCCCGGGAUGAAGGACUGCCAUUCUCAUCGUUCUUCGCAUAUGUUACACCUGGUUGGAAUAUCCCCCUCAACUCCGUAAUGGUAUCGUUGGGUGUUACCGUCCUCCUCUCAUUGAUCAACAUCGGGUCCGAAGUGGCUCUCAACGCCGUCAUCUCUCUAACAAUCACGUCACUGAUCUCAGCAUACAUAGUCUCGAUUGGCUGUGUGUUGCUGAAACGACUCCGUGGCGAGCCACUCCCACACCACCGCUGGUCGUUGGGUCGAUUUGGAAUGGCAGUGAACAUCGGGGCACUGUGCUUCCUAAUACCCAUUUUUGUCUUUGCUUUCUUCCCCCUAUCGACGCCCGUGACGGCUGAGACGAUGAACUGGGGCGUAGUGAUGUAUGUGGGCGUCAUUGGAUCGGCAACGGCCUAUUAUUGGGCGAGGGGCCGGCAUCAUUUCAUUCCACCAGUGGCGUUAGUCAACCGGGAGGAUGAAAAUUAG